CUGUACUAGAGGUUCUGUAGUCUGCACAUCCGGAAAGAAGCAGUCAUAUUGUCCUCCGCUUUCUACUGAGAUUUGAUGAUCGAAUGUGUACACGUGGACGUAGAUAAAUUGAAAAUAAUUUUACGAGAAACAGUCAAAUAAUCUACGAUACAUCAUGGGUAGACCAGGAUUUGUGCCACCUUUUAGAGGACGAGGAGGAAGAGGAGAUCGUGGUGGUCGAGGAGGCAGUCGAGGUGGAGGUUUUGGUGGAAGAGGUGGUAGUGGAGGUUAUGGAGGUGGAGGUUUUGGUGGCAGAGGUGGAAGAGGUGCUCCACGUGGAGGACGAGGUGGUCGUGGAGCAUCGAGAGGAGGACGUGGAGGCCUCAAGGGUGGGAGGACGGUAGUAAUAGAGCCACAUCGUCACCAAGGUGUGUUCAUUGCUAGAGGAAAAGAGGAUGUAUUAGUGACCUUGAAUUUUGCACCUGGGUCAGAUGUCUAUGGAGAAAAAAGAAUCACGGUUGAGGAUGUGAAAGGCGAGAAAAUUGAGUAUAGAGUAUGGAACCCAUUUAGAUCCAAAUUGGCUGCUGCUAUUCUUGGUGGUAUUGAUAAGAUCCACAUGGACCCAGGAAGCAAAGUAUUAUAUCUGGGUGCUGCCUCUGGAACUUCUGUCUCUCAUGUUGCUGAUAUAGUUGGUCCAGAGGGAAUGGUAUACGCUGUGGAAUUUUCCCAUAGGUCCGGUAGAGAUCUCAUAAACGUCGCUAAGAAGAGGACUAAUAUCAUUCCUAUCGUCGAAGACGCGAGACACCCUCAGAAAUAUAGAAUGCUCGUGGGUAUGGUAGACACUAUAUUCUCAGAUGUGGCACAGCCGGAUCAGGCUAGAAUAGUCGCGUUGAACGCACAGUACUUCCUCAAGAAUGGCGGACACUUCGUUAUUUCCAUCAAGGCAAGUUGCAUAGACUCCGUUGCAGCACCCGAAGCAGUAUUUACGGCGGAGGUACAGAAACUCGCUGCGGACAAAUUGAAGCCCCAGGAACAAAUCACGCUCGAACCAUACGAGAGAGAUCACGCUGUCGUCAUCGGCGUUUACAGGCCGACACCAAUUGACAAGAAGGCUACAUAGAAUAAUCUUUCAGCCACUUUCCAUUCAAAGCACCACUACAAAGUAUCAAUUCAAAGUUAAAUACAAACAUAAGUAUGAUUAAAUCAGCAAUUACCUCAACAGUGAUUCUCUUCUCCCUAUGUACAUCUGACCCAGGUGCAUAAUUCAGGGUUACACAUUCUCUUUUCCUCUGGCUAUAAACACACCUUGGUGACGAUGUGGCUCUAUUACUACAGUCCCACCCUUGAGGCCUCCACGAUCACCUCAUUCUCCACGUGGAGCACCUCUCUACCGAGAUAGAAAUGUAGGGAUGUUCGAUUUUAACAUUAAAAACUUGAUUAACAAUGAAAUAGUUUGUAAUAUAAUGUAAAUGUGAAAACACGCACUUGCGUGUGUGCGUUUGUCGUAAAUUCAGAUAUUUUAUAACGCGAGAGCGCGGUUACUACCAUUAAUACCAUACCUGCCUGUAUUCGAAAAAUUCGCAAGGUAACGAAAUAAUUCAGCGACAAAUAUGAUUGAACGUUAUUUCAUUUAUAUUUUUAUACGAACAUGAAUAAGAAUUAGGAAACCGAUAUAUGUUACAUAUAUUGGGUGAUAUAAAACUUCAACAUAAGAGAAAGUAAAUGAUAAUUAUCAUAGCAUCCAUGAAUAUGAUGAUGAGAAUACUUUUAAUAAAUAUUUCUGUUGUCAUAAGAUAGAAUUAUUUCUUCACAAAUGUGGGACAAUGUUAUCUUUACCUUGUUCGUUUAAAUUUACUUUGAUGUAUAAUGAGCGAAAUUGUAAUAAUGAAUACAUCGUAUUUCUUGAUGAGUUUAUUUAUAUAUUAAUACAGAUUAAAGACGGACGAGAGACGAAGCGACAAAAUCAGUAAUAAGCCUGUUUUUUAGCUGAACUGGUGCAAUAAGUUAGUGAUACAAAAUAUAAUUGUCUCAAUCUAACUUAUUGCGUUAGUUCAGCAGUGCAGUUAAAAAGAACAGUAAAUGUCUUACCAAGUUUCUCAUCGAUAUCGCGAAAUACGCGAGAUGUAUUGAUAGUCUGCAAAAUUCACACCAGUUCGUACUUUCGUCUUGCUGUCAUUAAAUUAUCUGAAUUGUACUACUCUCCAAAUUACAUUUAAAUUAACAAGUCCGCCGUUAUAUUAUUUUUAGAUUGAUCGACGGAACGCCAAGAACCGUGUAAUAAUUUUCAUUUUAUCCUCGAAGUAGUCGCUGCACGAUUUUACAAAUGUAAUGUUUGAUACAUCAAAUGAGAUAUGUAAAACUUAAUAAAUUAGAAAAACUCGA